CUCGGAAAGGCAUCCCCACUCCCCAAUAAGAAAGGAGGCUUUUUUAAUCUGUAAAACAUUUCUUGAGUCCUACAAAAACAGAACACCUUCACAUCGAGAUGCCACCUCUUUUUGUCUGGUAUCUUCUUGUGAUCUUCUUCCAUGACGACUUGAGAGUCAAAGGUACUUGCACACCAAGGUUCUAAUUUUCAAAGGAAUCAUAAAUUCCUUAUAAAUUUGAUUCUUUCAUGGGGUAAUAUUCAGGAUGUUCAUUUCUAUUCUCACCUGGGUUUAACUAAAAAUAACCCAUUCCAGGAGAAAAAUUAAAAUUGGAAAUCAUGAUGUUCUUCUCAUCAUCAUACACUAAUUCUCUAAUGAUUUUCAUUAAACCCAUGUUUUUACAUGGGUUUUCUGCUUGUUUACACUUCACACUGUUUCUAGCUUUGGUUAUCAAUUGGGUAUUCAAGCGAUUCAAAGCUCCUGCUGCUAGUUCUCCAAUGCAGAGGAGCUCCAGAGAGAAAAAUUCCAGGUUUUUUUUGUAUUAUAAACCAACCCUUUUGUUAUCUUGCUUAGGUUUAUCAUUUCUUAAUGUUAUAAUUUGUGGAUUCAAUCAGUUCAUAUGGUAUAAACAAGGUUGGUCUGAUGAAAGGGUUUUGGUUCAAUUUGAUUUAGUUCUUAGAGUUCUUGGUUGGGUUUCAAUUUUUGGUUAUUUGCAUGUUCAAUUCAAGAGGGAGUUGAAAUUUCCAGUCUUGUUGAGGGUUUGGUGGGGUUUAAGCUCUUUAAUGUCAUGUUAUUUUCUAGGUAUAGACCUUGUUGUGUAUCGAAAAGAUCGAAUUUUGCCUGCACAAUUUUGGGUUUUGGAUGUUACAUCUGCUGUGGUGGGUUUGGUUAUCUUUUAUGCUGGGGUUUUUGUCAAGAAGGAUGCAGAAGAUGCCCUUCAUGAGCCUCUUUUGAAUGGUAAUGGUGUUAAUGGUGGUGGUAAGAAUGCCAAUACUAGUAGGGUUAAUGAGAAUAGUAAUGGUGAAAAUGCAUCUCCUUUUUCUACUGCAAGUUUUUUCAGUCUCCUUACUUUCUCUUGGAUGGGACCUUUGCUUGGUGUUGGUUAUAGGAAGACGUUAGACAUCGAGGAUGUUCCUGGGUUAGAUAUUCGGGAUAGUGUUAAUGGUGUCUACCCAAUUUUUAGAAAUAAGCUCGAAUCUUAUUGUGACGGAAGUGAAGUAAAAACGUUCAAACUAGUCAAGGCAUUAGUCUACUCGGUUUGGAGAGAAGUUGCAGUGACAGCUUUACUAGCUAUCAUCUACACAUUUGCUUCCUAUGUUGGGCCUUACCUCAUUGAUACCUUUGUCCAAUAUCUCAAUGGCAAUAAAGAAUUCAAUCACGAGGGUUAUGUUUUGGUAUCUGUAUUCUUCGUCGCGAAGCUCGUUGAGUGCCUUGCACAGAGGCAUUGGUUUUUUAUGAUGCAACAGGCUGGUGUAAGAGUUAAAGCUGCCCUAGUUGCGACUAUCUAUCGGAAGGGUCUGACCCUUUCAAGCCAGUCGAGACAGGGUCACACAAGCGGGGAGAUCAUUAAUUUCAUGACUGUGGAUGCUGAGAGGAUUGGGGAUUUCAGUUGGUAUAUGCAUGACUUAUGGAUGGUCCCUAUCCAAGUCGGUUUAGCCUUGAUUAUCUUGUAUAAGAACCUUGGGCUUGCUUCAGUUACAGCUUUUGUGGCCACUGUCAUUGUGAUGCUGGCAAAUGUUCCUUUGGGUUCAAUGCAGGAGAAUUUCCAAGAAAAACUGAUGGCGGCAAAAGAUAAAAGGAUGAAGGCAACAUCAGAGAUUCUCAGGAACAUGAGAAUUCUGAAGCUCCAAGGCUGGGAAAUGAAGUUUUUGUCUAAGAUUAUUGAUCUCAGGAAAAGCGAAGAAGGAUGGUUGAGGAAGUAUGUCUAUACAUCAGCCAUGACCACCUUUGUCUUUUGGGGUGCGCCCACGUUUGUGUCCGUGGUCACUUUCGGAGCGUGCAUGCUUAUGGGAAUUCCACUUGAGUCGGGAAAGAUUUUAUCAGCUCUUGCAACAUUCAGGAUUCUACAAGAGCCUAUAUAUAAUCUCCCAGACACAAUAUCAAUGGUAGCUCAGACUAAAGUUUCACUUGAUAGAAUUGCCUCAUUCCUCCGUCUUGGUGACCUUGAAGACGAUAUAGUUGAGAAACUUCCAAGAAGUGCUUCUGGUAUUGCACUAGCGAUACAAAAUGGGAAUUUCUCGUGGGAUCUCUCUUUAUCAACUCCUACAUUGAAAGAUUUGAAUAUUCAAGUAAAUCAUGGUAUGAGAGUAGCUGUUUGUGGUACUGUCGGCUCCGGAAAGUCGAGCUUGCUUUCCUGCAUCUUAGGAGAGGUACCAAAGGUAUCUGGUACAGUUAAGGUUAGUGGAACAAAAGCUUUUGUUGCUCAGUCCCCAUGGAUACAGAGCGGAAAGAUUGAGGAGAACAUAUUGUUUGGUAAGGAGAUGGAUAGGGAAAUGUAUGACAGGGUCCUCGAAGCAUGUUCCCUGAAAAAGGACUUGGAGAUUUUGUCUUUUGGGGAUCAGACUGUUAUAGGGGAGAGGGGAAUCAAUUUGAGUGGUGGCCAAAAACAAAGAAUACAAAUUGCUCGUGCUUUAUACCAGGAUGCUGAUAUUUAUUUGUUUGAUGAUCCUUUUAGUGCAGUCGAUGCUCACACGGGAUCACAUAUUUUUAAGGAAUGUCUACUGGGGCUUUUGAGUUCCAAAACCGUGAUUUAUGUGACACAUCAAGUUGAAUUCUUACCAUCUGCUGAUCUUAUUUUGGUUUUGAAAGAUGGGAGGAUUGCUCAAGCAGGGAAAUAUGAGGAUAUUCUUAAUUCAGGAACAGAUUUUAUGGAACUGGUUGGUGCGCAUGAAAAAGCCAUGUCUGCUCUUGAUUCUUUUGAGCCAGGAAACAUGAUAAGUGAUGCUGGGGAAAAUUUGCAGCAGGAUGUGCAUAAAAAAGAAGAUAAAAGAGAAGAACAAGACAGUAAAACUGAUGCAACAGUAGUGCCACAUGGCCAGCUGGUUGAAGAAGAAGAAAGAGAGAAAGGGAAAGUUGGUUUUUGGGUUUAUUGGAAAUAUAUUACCACUGCAUAUGGAGGAGCACUUGUACCAUUUAUACUGCUAGCGCAGGUUAUUUUCCAGUUCCUUCAAAUUGGGAGCAAUUACUGGAUGGCCUGGGCGACCCCAAUUUCAAAGGAUGUGGAACCUCCAGUUAAAGGCUCCACUCUCAUCCUUGUAUACGUUGUGUUGGCUGUAGGAAGCUCCCUUUGCAUUCUUGUGAGGGCCACUCUUCUUGUAACUGCUGGGUACAAGACCGCAACUCUGCUCUUCAACAAAAUGCAUCUUUGUAUUUUUCGAGCAGCCAUGUCAUUUUUCGAUUCCACCCCAAGUGGAAGGAUAUUAAACAGAGCUUCUACAGAUCAAAGUGCAGUGGAUAUGAACAUUCCAUAUCAAAUUGGAGGACUUGCCUUUUCAAUAAUACAACUUGUAGGGAUAAUUGCAGUAAUGUCACAAGUUGCAUGGCAGGUCUUCAUUGUUUUUAUUCCCGUAAUUGCAGUAUGCAUUUGGUACCAGCAAUAUUACAUAUCCGGGGCACGAGAACUAGCUCGUCUAGUUGGGGUCUGCAAAGCUCCAGUCAUUCAACAUUUUGCGGAAACUAUAUCAGGAUCAACAACCAUAAGAAGUUUUAGUCAGGAAUCAAGAUUUAUGGACACAAACCUGAAGUUGACAGAUGCUUAUUCCCGACCCAAAUUUUAUAAUGCUGCUGCAAUGGAGUGGCUAUGCUUUCGCUUGGACAUGUUGUCAUCCAUUACAUUUGCUUUCUCAUUGGUUUUCUUGAUUUCCAUACCACAGGGAGUAAUAGAGCCAGGUGUUGCGGGUUUAGCAGUGACAUAUGGACUUAAUCUGAACAUGUUACAAGCACGGGUUAUUUGGAAUCUUUGCAAUCUCGAGAAUAAAAUCAUAUCUGUAGAGAGAAUACUGCAAUACUCAUCCAUCCCCAGUGAACCUCCCCUUGCUAUUGAAGCAAGUAACCCAUUGCACAAUUGGCCACCUCAUGGAGAAGUUGAUAUUCGUGACCUACAAGUUCGGUAUGCCCCACACAUGCCUCUUGUAUUGAGGGGUCUUACAUGUGUAUUUCAGGGAGGAAAGAAGACUGGUAUAGUUGGGAGAACAGGUAGUGGUAAAUCAACUCUCAUUCAGACACUGUUCCGCAUUGUUGAUCCAUCUGCUGGUCAGAUUCUCAUAGAUGGUAUCGAUAUCUCCACCAUUGGGCUGCACGACUUGAGAUCAAGAUUAAGUAUAAUUCCACAAGAUCCAACCAUGUUUGAGGGUACCGUGCGAAGCAACCUAGAUCCACUUGAGGAGUAUACCGAUGAACAUAUUUGGGAGGCUCUAGAUAAAUGCCAACUCGGAGAAGAAGUACGGAAGAAGGAAGGAAAGCUUGAUGCUUCAGUUAUUGAAAAUGGAGAGAAUUGGAGUAUGGGCCAGAGGCAGCUAGUUUGUCUCGGAAGGGUACUUCUUAAGAAGAGUAAAGUCUUGGUGCUUGAUGAAGCUACCGCAUCUGUCGACACUGCUACUGAUAAUCUUAUCCAGCAAACACUCAGACUGCAGUUUUGGGACUGUACCGUUGUCACUAUCGCGCAUAGAAUAACUUCUGUACUUGAUAGUGACAUGGUCCUACUGCUAGAUCAUGGGCUUGCUGUGGAAUACGACUCUCCGACUAAAUUACUAGAAAAUAAGAAAUCUUCAUUUUCAAAGCUCGUGGCAGAGUACAGCUCAAGAUCAAGUACUAGUUUCGAGACAUGAUGGAAACUUGGAUUUUAAAUGGUAACCACUUACUAAGGAAUCGAAGAUAUGAAGAUAACAAGAAUGAUGAUGACGAUACAGUGAGUUUCACUAUGCAGUGUAAGCUCUUUGUGAUGCCUUGCAGGUAUCUUGUUAAGGUAAUUUAAUAUUUAAACCACUAUUAUUUCACACAACGCAGUCUAUUAGUUACAUAGUUUUGAGCUUAUUAUAUAGAAAUUUCUGGCGUUUUAGUUCCUAAAUAAAAACAAAUGAGCAAAGGAAUAGUUGGAAGCACUUACUAUUGUACCGUCCAAUUUUGGUUCUAUUCAAUAAAUGCAAUUAAAUUUUACAACA